CUGUGUCCUCCUCCCGUCUCCAUUCCCGUCGCCGCCGAAUCUGGAUCCCGUCUCCAUUCCCGUCACCGGCCGCCCUCCCCCUGCUACUCCUCUGCUCUGAGCCUCCAAGUCCCCACCUCCCCGCCGACGGCCGACGUUCGAAUCCAUACCGCGCCGCCCUCCCCCUGCUACUCUGCUCCGCGCCUACACAUCGCCGCCUCCCGCCGACUCCAGUCCUGCCGCCCUUCAGUCCCGCCGCCCUCCUCCUUCUCCUCUGCUCUGCGCGUAGUCUCACAUCCCGCCAACGCCGACGGUCCACACCCGCCGCCCACCUCCUGGUUCCUCUGCUCCGACCCUUCCCCUGGUGGGUGUUUAAUCAGAUGCAAUGCAGGGGACACUACUGCUGUGCUGUGUUUGAGACGAUGGCAUCCAACGGUGUUUGUGGCUCGGAGAAGGUACCACAUUGGUGCUAUUAUUACAAUGAUCAACUGCGAUUUACAACAACGAUCGUCGGUGAACAUCUGA